GUUUCCGGGUCCGGCAGCGGUUACAAAAUAGUGUGGUGAAUCAGGAGCGUUAGAAGGACAUCAGCUAACAUCGCUCUCCACUGAUAGACACUGUUUAGGGCAGUUUGAACGGUGUGAUGCUGUCAGAGGUGCUACAAGUACUGAGGGGUGCUGGCAAGGUGGGCGCUGCCUUCGCCACCACCCAAGGCGAGCAGAUGCGACUGAUGGCCUGUAAUUCAACACUGGGCGCAGGGGUCAAGGCCGCCCAAGAGGUGGUGGAGAGCUUGGUGGGCACUGCAAUGGCAAGAGAUGAGACCCCAAAAUCUGAUGAGUUCCCUGACAUUGAGGGAUGGGAGCAGAUGGAGCUCGAUGAGGCUGCAAAAUGGGCUGUGGGCUCAGAGAUGCCACCUGACAUAAACAGUGAGGGUGCCACAGAUAUGGCAGGAACACCCAAAGGAACAACGGGUGGCACCGGCUGGCCUGGACAAUCCGCUCGUUUCUUGCACAUUUCGACGCCCCUUCAUCAUACGAGGUUCAUUCAUGACUCCGUAGUGGCCAGACUGACUCCAGAAGAUAUGAAAAAGGCCAGGGAGGCUAAACAGAGCAUUGCCAGGCCUGUUCGACAGAAGCUAAGUGAACGAGCUAGAGAACGGAAGGUGCCAGCCACACAGAUGAGUCGACUUGUCAAUUUUGGGGGUUUAGCUGUUGGUCUUGGUCUGGGAGCUAUUGCUGAAGUAGCGAAGCAGACUUUUGGAGGCAAACGUUCAGAUGCAGGAGCUGUGCUAGAUUCUCCGCUCUUAUCAGAGGCCAACGCUGAGAGGAUUGUUGACACAUUAUGUAAGGUGCGAGGAGCAGCGCUCAAGCUUGGACAGAUGCUUAGCAUUCAAGACAACAGCUUCAUCAACCCGCAGCUACAGAAGAUAUUUGAGAGGGUUCGACAAAGCGCUGACUUUAUGCCAGCUUGGCAAAUGAACAAAGUCCUGGAGGAAGAAUUGGGCUCUGGCUGGCGGGAAAAGCUCUUAUCAUUUCAGGACAAGCCUUUUGCGGCUGCCUCUAUUGGGCAAGUGCACCAUGCAGUCUUACCAGAUGGAAGGGAAGUGGCUAUGAAGAUACAGUAUCCUGGAGUGGCUGAGAGCAUCAAAAGUGACAUUAACAACCUAAUGUCGGUGCUGAAGCUGAGCAUUGUGCUUCCUGACGGAUUAUUUGCUGAUAGCAGCCUCGAAGUUCUUCAGAGGGAACUCGCCUGGGAGUGUGACUACAAAAGGGAAGCAGCGUGCGCCAAGCGCUUCAGGGCUCUGCUGGAGGGAGACCCCAUGUUCAAAGUGCCUAAGGUCAUUGAUGAGCUUACCACCACUCGAGUGAUCACCAUGGAGCUAGUUAAUGGAGUCCCGCUGGACAGCUGUGUGGAUUUGGAUCAGGAGACCAGGAAUAAAAUAAGCUUCAGUAUCUUGCAGUUGUGUCUGAGAGAACUCUUUGAGUUUCGCUUCAUGCAAACAGACCCCAACUGGUCCAACUUCUUCUACAAUGCUGAGGAGAACAAGAUAUACCUGUUAGACUUUGGAGCUUGCCGAGAAUAUCCGGAGGCGUUCACAGAUGACUAUAUUGAGGUGGUGCAUGCGGCCUCGGUUGGGGAUCGAGCCACAGUUUUGCAGAAGUCCAAAGACUUGAAGUUCCUCACAGGCUUUGAGACCAAGGCCUUCGAGGACGCCCAUGUUGAAGCCGUGAUGAUCCUGGGGGAAGCCUUUGCCUCUCCAGACGUCUUUGACUUUGGCACCCAGAACACCACGCGCCGUAUCCACAGCCUGAUUCCGGUCAUGCUCCGGCACCGGCUCACGCCCCCUCCAGAGGAGACCUACUCCCUGCAUCGCAAAAUGGCCGGCUCCUUCCUCAUCUGCUCCAAGCUGCGGGCACACAUUCCCUGCAGAGCCAUGUUCCUCGACGUCUAUAACGCCUACACCCGCAGACACCAAGAACAGGCAGGUCGGGUAUAGCCUGAGCGAACUCAAAACACCACACGCCAUGGGUUUGUAUGUAAGAUGGACUUGGAUGGACUGUCGCCAAAAUACUCUGUUGCAGUAAUGAAGUUUAGUAACUGUCUUUUCCCACCGAAUGUCAUGACCAAGGAGUUUAAAUAAAGAGAACAUAUUUAUGUGUA